GUGAUUUAUAUCGAUUAAUUUAUAGUUAUAAAAUGGAAUAAAGUUAUAAUCCCGUAAAAUUCAGUGUCAAUAUAUAUUUAUACAUACAUAAAUGAAAAUGAAGUUGCAAAUCGUGAUUUUUGUGUUAUCAUUGUCCUCUUGGAAUUUUGUUGGUUCAACUGAUUGCGUCACACCACUAGGCGCAUCUAGCAAGUGCAUGUCUCUAUACGACUGUCCUCAACUUCUGGCUGCGUUUAAAUUACAGCCAUUACCAAUCGGCGCGAAAAGAUUCUUGAAGCAAUCGUAUUGUGGCUUUGAGGGUAUAACACCGAGAGUUUGCUGUGGACCACUCGGACAGAUAGAGGAAUCUCCUACUGCUAUGCAAGGACAGCGACUUAUGAUGCAGCCAAAUUAUUUUGCAAUCGAUCCAGUGUACGAUGAAGACUCAUCGCCAGCACCAAGAAACAAUUGUGGUAUUAAUAAUAGUGGAGAUAAAAUAUAUGGGGGCGAACUUACAAAAUUGGAUGAAUUCCCGUGGAUGGCGCAUUUGGGUUACAGAAAAUACUCAGGGAUAAUAUUGUAUCACUGUGGUGGCACCUUAAUCAACCAUAGAUACGUGUUGACAGCCGCGCAUUGCAUCACAGGCGCUAUUGAUCUGGAAGUAGGACAUUUAGUGACCGUACGUUUAGGGGAAUACAACACUCAGACGGAUGUAGACUGUAGCGAAGGACAAUGUGCUGAUCCUCCACAAGAAAUUCCCGUACUAUCGGCGUAUCCUCACCCAGGAUAUUGUGGUGGGAACAUAAAUAGAAAAGACGAUAUUGGACUUGUGCGGCUUGCUAGAAGAGUAAAGUAUUCUUAUUACGUUAAACCUCUUUGUUUAGCAAACAGUAACGUACAGCUCGACGUUGGGAACGAGGUGCACGUAGCUGGCUGGGGAAAAACCUUAGAAGGAAUAGAGAGUUCGAUCAAACGAAAACUAAAGUUACACAUAUUCAAUAAAAUAAAAUGCGUCGACAAAUACAGAAAAUAUAAAGCAAUCUUAAGUGACAAGCAGAUCUGUGCUGGUGGAGUUAAGGAACAGGACUCUUGCAAAGGUGAUUCAGGAGGGCCAUUGAUGAGGAAAUUGUCUGGGGGUAAAUGGGAGGCUGUCGGGGUAAUCUCAUUCGGGAACGAUUGUGGUAGAGAGGGCUGGCCCGGAAUAUAUACCUCUGUCGCUGCAUACAAUGAUUGGAUACGAUCAACUAUCAAUUGCACUAACCUAUGUCCAGUGGUACAGUCUAUGUUUUCAAUUGAUUGCGUCACGCCACUAGGUGCAACUAGUCAGUGCAUCUCUCUAUAUGACUGCCCUCAACUCCUGUCUGCGUUUGAACUGCGGCCGUUGCCGAGUAACGUCAUAAGAUUCUUGAAGCAAUCACAAUGCGGUUUCGAGGGUUACACGCCGAGAGUUUGUUGUGGACCACUCGGGCAGAGAGAUGAAACUUCUACUACUACGCAAAGACAACGUAUUACGACGCAGUCAAAUUCUGCCGAAAUCGAUCCAGUGUACGAUGAAGACUCAUCGCCAGCACCAAGAAACAAUUGUGGAAUUGAUAAUAAUGGCGAUAGAAUAUACGGAGGACAAAUUACAGAUUUGGAUGAAUUCCCGUGGAUGGCAUUGUUGGGUUACCGAACUCACAAAGGAAGAAUAUCGUAUCAGUGUGGUGGCGUCCUAAUCAACCAUAGAUACGUGUUAACAGCCGCACAUUGCAUCACAGGCGCUAUUGAAAGGGAAUUAGGGCAUCUAGUGACCGUACGUUUAGGGGAAUACGACACCCAAACGGACGUAGACUGUAGCGAUGGAGAAUGUGCUGAUCCUCCGCAAGAAAUACCCGUGCUAUCAACAUAUCCUCAUCCAGGAUAUAUCGAUGGGAAUAUAAAUAGAAGAGACGACGUUGGACUUGUGCGACUUGCUAGAAGAGCGAAAUAUUCUUAUUACGUUAAACCAGUAUGUUUGGCGGACGGUAAUUCGCGGCUAGGCGAUGGAUACGAGGUGUACGUAGCCGGCUGGGGGAAAACCUUAGAAGGUAUCAACAGCCCGAUCAAACUAAAACUAAACUUGCCAAUAUACAAUAAAAACGAAUGCGUCAACAAAUACAGAACUCUUGGUGCUGAGUUAGUUGAAAAGCAGAUCUGUGCUGGUGGAUCCUAUAGGCAGGACGCAUGCCGAGGUGAUUCCGGUGGCCCAUUGAUGAGGAAGUUACCCGGGGGUACUUGGGAGGCAGUUGGGGUGGUCUCAUUCGGGUACGGUUGUGGAAGAGAAGGAUGGCCCGGUGUAUACACGUCUGUCGCUGCAUACAACGAUUGGAUACGAUCGAAAAUCAGAUCUACAAAUGUAUAGUUAAGAAUAAAAAUAACUAGAAUUUAAAAACAAACCUCGAGAAGUCAAGAAUUUAUAUUAAAAAUAGUGUACAUAGAUUAAAUGUAAAUAAUAUGGAAAAGUUAUCAUUUAAGUUAAUUUUAUAAAAUAAAAUAUAACAUUGUUUCUGGAAUAAGUAAUGUCAUAAUUAUUUAAAAAUAUGAAAAUGUAAUAUUUUUGUUUUUGAAUAAUUAACUAGUAAGAUUACUCACAUUCUUAAUUAUUUAAGAGAGUUCCUUUUUUAUUUUUUUUAAAUUUUGUUGUUAUCAAUUCAUUGUACUUUAGGCAAAAAGUCUUUACAUGAAAAAUAAUAAAAUGAACAUAAUUUUAUUAUUAAUAAUAUUGAAUUAUUUAAAUAACUGAAUUACCACUAGUCUCAUGUGUUACUAGAAUAAAUAAACUGAAAAAAUGUAUAAGAAGUCGUUUCUUAAAUAUAAUAUGAACAUAUUUUUAAAAUAAUUUAUUGGUUAAUUAUUAGAGAAUAAGAGAAUAAUAUUUUAAUGGGAAUUAUUAUAGUCAAUUAGUUUUCUGGUUAAAACUAUAUGUCUAUAUAUCUGAUACCCUUCUGGUAAUAUUAAGGUUAAUAAUUUAAUAUUAUUUUUUAAUUCUACACUUUCAAAACCAUUUAAAUGCUGACGUAAGUUUUAAAACAGUAAUUUUUCUUUCUCCCGAUCGUAAUUGCCAAAGAGCUGAAUAAUAUCUAAUGCAAUUAUGUUUCGUUAUUUAUAAAAAAUAUCUCAUUAAAUUCCAGGCAAAAAGUCAUAACUUUUCAUACAUUAACACAAUUGACUUGUUUAUUUUCUUUAUGCCAGAGCAGAAGUAGUCUAAAAUACUUUUAACCAAUAGAAACCUGAUGACACAUUUUUAAAUACAUGAAUAUACUAAAAAUAUAUAUUAUGUAAAUAGUACUCUUUCAACUAUCACUUGUGAUAUUAGUAAAAUAUAUAAAAAUUAUAUAUAUUCAAUAAAUAGCUAAUAAAAUUUAAUUCUAUUAUACUUUUUAUGACAUUUUAUUUAUUAUAUAAAAGUAAGAAAACAUAUUAUUCGUA